CUUGCAACAGUCCAGAGGUUGUUAACCGCUGACCCCUUGCUGGUGCACUCCUGCGAUGAGGACGGAUACACUCCACUGCAUCGUGCAGCAUACAGCGGCCACGUUGACGUGGUUUCUGCUUUGAUCGCCGCUGGGUCUAAGGUUAACCCCCGCACCCUUGAUGGCUGGACGCCACUUCACAGCGCCUGCCGCUGGAGCCGCGUCACAGUUGUGAGUUUCCUUCUGCAGCAUGGAGCCGAACUGAACGCCCAGACAAACGGUGGACUCACUGCACUACACCUGGCCGCCUCCAACACCACCCCCUUCAGAACAGACUCUCCUCACACGUUAGAGCUCCUCCUCUCUCAACGUCACCUGAAGCCAGGGCUCUGCAGCGGCAGCGGGGAGACGGCCAGUGAGGUCGCCCGCCGUACUGGCCCGCAUCACGUCCUGUUUGAGAUGUUCGAAGACUGUGUCAAUGUGGUACCAUCUCAUUAAUGAAAAACAGAUGUUUUUACCUUCUUCUCAUA